AUGACUGUAUUAGGGCUACCAGUAGUACAAACAAAUAUGGUGUUACCUUCAAUACAAGAGUGCAGUUUUAGCGUAGAACAAGCUAUAAACGCACCAAUUGAAGUAGUAUGGUCCAUUAUCCGUGAAUUUCACAACCCAAAAGCCUACAAAAUGUUUAUAAGCUCAUCUGCUUCGCGGUCGUCGUCGAACACCCUAGGAUCCUUGCGUAACAUAACUCAUGUUACCGGGUUCCCGUCGACAACAAGCAUUGAGAGGCUUGAUGAUUUUAGUGACAAUGACCAUGUCUUGGCGUUUAGCAUCGUUGGUGGUGAUCAUAGCCGCCGCCUCGCUAAUUACCAAGGGACGAUUUCUCUACGAGAUGAAGUGAAGAAAGAGAAGGUUAAUGUUGGUGACCGGAGGAGGACAAUUGUAACAGAGAAAUAUAGUGUUGAUGUGCCGAGAGAUAGUACUUUGGAGGAGACUCGUUAUUUGGUUGAUACUUUGGUCGGGUUCAAUCUCAAGUCUUUAGCUCGUGUUGCUGAGCACACUGUAUCUUAA